GCAGGGGAGAGAGAGCGCUGUGCGGGGGGGAGCUUGUAAAGGGAGAGCGCUGUGCGGGGGAGAGAUUGUAAAGGGAGAGCGUGGUGAGAGAAGAGUUUGUAAAGGGAGAGCGUUGUGAGGGAAGACUCUGAAGGGAGCGCGCUGUGAAGGAAGAGCUUAUAAAGGGAGAGCGCUGUGCGGGGGACAGCUUAAUAAAGGGAGAGCGCUGUGCAGGGAGAACUUGUAAAGGGAGAGCGCUGUAAAGGGAGAUCGCUGUGAGGGGAGAGCUUAUAAAGGGAGAGCGUUGUGAGGAAGGAGCUUGUAAAGAGAGCGUGCUGGGAGAGAAGAGUCUGUGAGGAAAGAGCGCCGAGGGGGAAGAGCUUGGAAAGAGAGAAGAGCCAGUGAGGGGAGCGCGUCGCGAGGGAGUCGAGGCAGGGCAGAGGAGGGAGGAAAGGUCGGGGCGGGAGAAGGAUGGACAGGGCGGUCGGGGAAGAAGAUGUGGUCCCGGGGCCUCGGAUGGAGGCGUCGAAGGGCGGGGAAGGCGGCGGGGCGGGAGGAGAAGCCCCCCGGGGGCAGGCCGAGGGGGCCGGCGGCCGUGGCCGGGCGAAAGAAGGACCGACCGAGGUGGCAGAAGACGGCGGCCCGGCCCACGGGCCGAAGCCCGAGCCCCCGCCCAACGGCAAAAGGAAAAUGGCCCUGACCAGCUGUGAAACUUGUGGCUCAGAAGAAGCGAAAUAUAGAUGUCCCCGUUGUUUAAAAUGUUCUUGCAGUUUAGCCUGCGUGAAGAAACAUAAAACAGACCUCGUAUGCAGUGGAAUUCGAGAUAAGACUGCAUUUGUUUCCAAAAAGGAAUUCACUGAUAUGAAUCUUCUGAGUGACUAUCGAUUUUUGGAAGAUGCCGGAAGGUCAGCUGACUGUGCUGCUAGAGAUAUUUUCUUGAGAAGACCGUCAACACACAAAUUUUUAAAUUAUAUGAAAAACCGGGCCCGAAGGCUCAACAUUGACCUGAAAAUUUUACCUGUUGGGUUCACCAAAAGGAGAGAGAAUUCAACGAUGUUCAAUAAGAAGGAGCAGCGGUUCUACUGGCACUUGAAGCUCCUGUUUCCUCAGAGUAAUGCUGAAUACACAGAAAAAAGAGUGCCCGAAGAUAAAACGCUUCAUGAAAUCCUAAGGACCUACAUUGAUCCUGAAAAAUCUGAUCCAGUGAUCCGUCAGAGAUUGAAAGCCUACACUUUGUCUCAGGCAGAUAUACAGAUUUUAAUGAAGAUAGAAAAUAUGCAGCAGAAUUUAGUCAGGUAUUGUGAACUGGAUUCUAGUAAAAGUCUCCUCGACAAUUUGAAAAAUAAAGUGGUAAUUGAGUACCCAACAUUGCACGUGGUAUUGAAGGGAUCCAAGAAUGACAUGGUGGUUCUUGGCCAAGAAAGAAGCAGAUGUGAUGCAAAUUGUAGCACCGAGCAGCCAGCGCUUUCUUCUGAGGAAGAGGGUGAAAUUCACAAGUAUUCCUGAAAACUCUCCAUUAGCUGACCUCGACCGGGAGCCAGAAGGCACCCGGGUGUUCGGAUGUGCGUCUUUUCAUCUUCAACUUCGGAAAUGUCUUUAAUGCAAGAACGUCUUCUUUCCAGCCGACGUUUCUUGAGAAAUAUUAUUGGCAGGGUUCACAGGCACGACGGUCAUCGUAACUUACUCUUCCCGACACCGGUUCUCGUAUUAAUCUCUAUCCCUCGAAGUGCUUAAUGUAGCACAUUGAAAAUAACAGUCUGGUCCUUCUUGGGAUCUUUUCAUCACGAUAGAAUGAGUCCCAAAAGUCACAUUCUGACAGCCCCAAAACGCCCACGAUUUGGUAUCUCACCCGGAGGGAUCACUUGGCACAAGGAAUCCAGCCUCGCAUGGGUUGGCCUGGAGAGGAUUUCUUGCUUGCCUGCACCAAUCUGGAGGACACAUGGCUGGCAGAAUCUCCUAUUCAGCACCCAGAAGCCCAUCACGGUCACUCAUUAAGUACCUGAUGACCAGGAAGAUAAAAUCAAAUCAUUCUAGAAGGUCAGGCAUAGCAGCAGCUAAUGCAUGUGACGAGUCAUGAAUGCCAGUUUGAUUUCUGCGCCAGACCUUGCUUCCGAAUUACAGGGACUCUCGAGUGUUUUAUCCCAGCCUCUUUGCCUACCUAAGCGGGGUGUUGUAUACAUAUGUGGGGCUUUGGACUCCUUGGAAAAGUUCCAUGCAUAUUUCUAUAUGUGAAUGUGAAAGUUUUAUGUCGUCUCAGGAGGCCUAAAGAUUAUACUUGCGCCUUUCUUCAUUUUACUAGCAUUUCUAGCAUUCCAAAUGGUUCUGUCAAUUAAAAAAUUGGUAAUCUCCA